AUGUCAUUCCCAUCAUCGACGUCAUUGAUAAAGCGCCGGCCGCUUUUAGGGCACUCCAGCUCCUCAAGUUCCUCCUGCUGCAGUGGGCGUUUUGGUGAGUUAGCAGGAGGGACAACAGCAGAGUGUGCAGCAAUAUGUUGCUGUUGUCCAUGUGGAUUAAUUAACCUCUUGGUUCUCACUAUCUACAAGGUUCCUGCUGGAAUAUGCCGCCGUGCUUUGAGAAGAAAACGAAGGCAAAAGGUGAUCAAGAAAGGCCUUUUGCCGCCGCGAACGAGGAGUUGUAGAUGUGGAUGUGAUGAUACAGAAUUACAGAUUCAUCCAAUGUCUUGUGUUGAUGAUUCAUUUAGAGAGUUCGAUGAGGAGGUGACCUUAAAGGAGGAGGAAGCCAUGGUGAAGUUGGAGAAGGAGAUGUGGGAGACUUUCUAUGGCACUGGGUUCUGGAGAAGUCCUUCUCAAAAAGAAUUACCAUUUAAGAGAAGCAUUGGUUCUCCAAGAGAGACACCUAAGCUAGACUCUAGAGUAUAA